CCUUCUCUCUCUCUCUCUCUCUCUCUCUCUCUCUCUUCUCUUAUUGACAAACAAAUCUCUUUCACUCACCAGUCGCCAGAGCCUCGAAAGGAAAGCUCCACGGAUAAAAAGGACUUCUCCGAAAAUAUCAUUUUCGACCAGAAACAAUGAGCAACGAAUACGAUUAUUUGUUCAAGCUUUUGUUAAUCGGAGACUCCUCCGUCGGAAAAUCGUGUAUUCUUCUUAGGUUUGCUGACGAUUCAUAUGUCGAUAGUUACAUCAGUACAAUCGGGGUUGAUUUCAAAAUUAGGACUGUAGAGCUGGAGGGAAAGACAAUCAAGCUGCAGAUUUGGGAUACUGCUGGACAGGAGCGGUUCCGUACUAUAACUAGCAGUUAUUACCGUGGAGCACAUGGGAUCAUCAUUGUCUAUGAUGUCACUGAGAUGGAGAGCUUCAACAAUGUUAAGCAAUGGUUGAAUGAGAUUGAUAGAUAUGCAAAUGACACUGUAUGCAAGCUUUUAGUUGGGAAUAAAUGUGAUUUAGUUGAAAACAAGGUCGUGGACACACAAACAGCAAAGGCAUACGCAGAUGAGCUUGGGAUACCUUUCCUCGAGACUAGUGCAAAAGACUCCAUUAAUGUGGAGCAGGCUUUCUUAACCAUGGCUGGCGAGAUAAAGAAGAAAAUGGGUAACCAGCCAAGUGAUAACAAGUCAACAGGCCAUGUUCAAAUGCAGGGACAGCCGAUCCAGCAAAAGAGCAACUGCUGUGGUUAACUACUGCUAUUGUAUUUUCAGUUCUUUUUUAAGGAUGGUAAGCAACGUAGUAAAACAUCAUUUGACUAAAUUAGUUUAUGUGGAUUUUCACAUAAUUAUGUUUCCAACUCUAGCCUCUUUAUCUGCAGUUUCCCUUUCCUGUUUAUAUGAAAAAAGAGUUCUUAACUAUCACAAAA